AUGUUAGAGGAUUAUGUGAGCAAACUGGAUGAAUUUUUAUUACCCUACCAAGAUGAGAAGCAGCAGUCUGAUAACUUUAUCCAUUGCAAUGGUAUGAUGGCUUGCAGCCCUUUUUUAGACAAAGCCUGUAGAGUUCCUCUUGGUCGUGCUGGAAAUUUAUGUAUCAGUGAGCAGUUAUAUGGAUAUACACCCAGUAAUUCAUACUCUCCAUGUCUUGUACUGACACUGCGUUUGCCAAAAGAAUUACGACCAGUUCCAUUUUCGCGCAAUGAUACCAACUUUCCAGAGAAUCUUGAUGACACUGAUGAUAUAGGACCAUGGACAUUGCCAAUAACAUGUGAAGGAGAUACUCCUGUGGACCAAGAAAAUAUGGGUGAAGUGAUUUACACCCCAACAGAUGGCUUUCCUCUGUACUAUUAUCCAUAUCAUGGUCAGGAAAAUUAUUUGUCACCUUUGGUGUUUAUCAUGUUCAAAGGAAUUCAAAAAUCAGUUGCAGUGACGAUCAAGUGUUCUGUGUGGGCAACCAACAUUAGAGAAGAUGCCUACCAUACCACAUUCAGUUUGUUACUUGAUUAA